GCCGCGGGGCACCGCCGCUCGGCCCCGGCGCCGACCGGAGCUCGGGGUCGGGUCGGUGUUGUUCGAUAUCCCCCCCUCAGCCCCGGUAGGGCCGCGAUCCGCGAGCGCGAUUCCUGGGGGUACCGAAGUCUGAAUUAAAGGCGCUGGGAAACGUCAGCGCCCGCUGUGAUAGCGAUAAUAACGUGACGGAGCGGCGGCAGAGGAGGAAUUACCGCCGGGCGCUAACGGAGGAGCAAACGAGUCGGAAGCCGUUAUAUAAUGCGCCGUUCGGCGCGGGGAGCCACGGCUGUUUGGGUGCCGUUGGCUGCACAGCAGGCGCUCCGCGGGCAGCCGUGCCGAGCCGGGCGGGGGGAUACGCCGAGCCCCUCCGUGCGCGGGGCAAAGCGCGUCCGUGCAGCGGCACGCUGAAGGCUUUUAAUUUCGCUUUCGAGCCCUUCCGCCGCGGGAUCGCCGCGCCGCGCCUCCGGCCCUUCCCCCGCGCGGUCCCGGGCUCUUCUCGCAGCCCCUCGUCGCCGGAACCCGCCCGGCCCCGCUCCGCCGAGCGAUGUGAGCGCGCUGCCAUGGCAACGGACGGCCCCGGCCGCUCAGGUGUGCGCGCGCCGUGCGCCCGGCCGCCCCCGUGCCGCGUGCGGACUGCGGGAGGAAGGGGCGGCGGUGCUCGGGGGGCUGCGGGCGCGAGAAAACUUCGCCGCUGCUCCCCUCUUCCCGCCCGUCCGCCGUAGGCCGCGGGGCCGUCCCGCGCCUAGCCGUGACAUUACCGGUGGGAAUGCCCGGUGCUUCGUGACUGAGCAAGGAGCUGUGUGCUGGGGGACGGCUGGCUUCCUGCUCCCUCGGUUAAAAAAAAAAAAACCGAGGGGCGUACGAUAUAAAGAUUUUCUUAUCGGCAAACAACUCGUUGCUGGUAUUCCGAUUUAUUUUAUUUCGCAUUGGUGCUCGUUGAAAUACAGCAGAGUAAUAGAGUGGGAAACUUUCCGCCUCAGACAGCGUAACGCCGUGACAGAGCAGGCAGUGCAGCUCCGCGCUGCGUGCCGCCCUCCGGGAGCGCUGAACUGAAGAUCUCAUGCCGGCCUUCCCCCCCGCUGCCUGCACACAGGCGCCCAAUCUGGUGCUCGAUCCUAAUGCCGUGGGCCUGGAGCGGCUCCAGGGGCUGCUUGUGAGCCGCGCACACGGUGUGUAUCUGGGGUAGCUCCGCUUGUUGGACCCCGGCCAGGCACAGAGCAGAGUAGCAGAGCUCAGGCGCUGAUCCGCUGCCUGAGCCAUCGUUUCUCCAAUAUCUUUCUACGGCAAAAAGCACCGUGGGAGUUUUGCCCCCUGGAGGAGCCGCGUUAGCCACGUGCAAGAGCGGUGAAUGACUCCCAUUGCUAACCGCACGUGCAUCCACGCUGCUACAGAGCGCAGCCCGGAGCGUUUCACAUCUCGGUGGGGAGAAGUUGCCGGCGCGGUGCAGCACCGGAGCCCUCAGGCAGCCCGUGGGCCGUGCUGACCGGCCCUCUGUGCCCGGAGCUCGAUCCUAAUGCCUGCCUUUGGUGGGAACGGCCUUCCUCUGCGUGCCGAGGGGGCUGGAAGGAGGGCAGCCCGUGGAGAGGAGUGGUAGCAGAAGGUGAGCGCUCACAGCACGGCUGCUGUCGAGCUGCCACUGUGUGCCCGGUGUUGCUGGUGACGUGCUCCAUGGAGAGGCAGUUCACCGUGUGACAGAGCACAGCAAAACAGUUACUUCGAAAAGGCCGUUUGUGUGUAGUUAAGAGACUUCCUGCAAGUACAAGACGCAGCUCUUCUCCCUGGCCUGGUCUGAUUUACUUAGAGGCUGAAGGAACUGGUCUUGUUUUAAGAGACAUUUACAAGAGGCCUGGAAUUUCACUUCACCAACAUUUUUAUGUAAUAGAUCCAGUGGCCUAGUUUCAUCUUAAUUAAGAAAAUAGACGUUAAAUGUGCUCACCUGAAAAGCAACUGCUGAUUUAAACAUUAGGAUGUGAAAGUAAUGGUCUCAGUGCCAUGCCUAGCAGAGCAAAACGAAGGCCUGGUUCUCCCCGUGCUGAAGUUCAGCAGCACGUCUGAGUAGAGGGCAGCGAGGACUGUCGUUGUCAUUGCUGGUGCGGCGGUGGCUUUUGUUGUGGUGUGCUAAUUGAGGGGAAACGCGAUGAAGAACUGCAGCGGGGCUUAAAGCAAACGCGUGACAGAAUGGCGAGGGGCUGCAGCGCUGGCUGGGUGCAGGGCUGUGCGGCAGGGCUGCCUGGUGGGCACACAAGGCUGGGUGGGGACUGCACAGGUACGGUCUGGGUGCUCUGCACGGCUCGGGUGGCAGAUGGAGCUGUAGGUCUCCUCGGAGGUACGGUACCGACUGCUGUAACAAAUACCAACACAAUUAGCUGAAGAGGCAGCAGUCUGACAGGCUUGGCACAGGUAAAUGCUGCAGUUUGCUGAAACGAGGUGCUGUAUUCCAGUGAGUACUCUGUAGGAAGUUGUAUGCUUAGCCUGAGCUUGCAAGCCAGAAAUCCUGAUCUCAUUCGGUUUUACUCGGUCAGAGGCACAGCAUUUUGGAAUCUGAUGUCAUACGUGCAUCUUGUUCGGUGGUUUGCAUUUUUUUAUGAGUUGAAGUUUUUUUACACGGUUUUGGCUUAGCUGAUUGGUGAUGGAUGCUUCUAAAUGGAAGAAACUUUGCAGUCUCCCAACUUUUGUGGAAAGGCAGAAACUGGAUCUGUGGCUGUAAUUCCUUUUUGAUCCCCCUGCAAACACUGAGAGGUCACGCCGCAGGCCGAGCCAGACGGGCGAGCAAUACAAGCUGUGAAUUUAUCGUUGACCCCUGCAGGACAGUGACCACCUUCACCGUCAUCUUUGCCGUACAGAGAUGCGCUGUCAGUAAGAUCCUGGAGCCCAGGAAAGAGUUUUAAUGCGAAGCAUCAGAAAAAAACCGCUGCAGCAUCUCAUGUGAGAGAGGGGAGAGAAGAAAGGAGACUUGCGCAGUAACAUCUCGAAACACUCAGAUGGUUUGAGCUCUAUCUCACCUUAUUUGGAAGAGGAAAGCUAUUGAGGACCUGUGAGCAAUCCAACAGCUUCUGAAAAAUCUUCAUGCUAAAGGAUAAUCCUGAGUUCCCUGGAGAAGAACAUAGUGAAUGUUAAUCCAGAGGAGCCGUUGGAGAAUCGUGCUCACGGGGAGAUGAUUCCUCAUGAAGUCACUGGAUCCCUUGCAGAAAUCAAAUGUGACUUUCCAUUUAUCAGACUGAAAUCAGAGCCAGCCAGACAGUGAAGCAAGCACAGUGGAGGGGGGACGGCGAAAGAUGAAAUCCAACCAAGAGCGGAGCAAUGAAUGCCUGCCGCCCAAGAAGCGAGAGAUCCCCGCCACCAGCCUGCCUUCGGAGGUGAAGCCGGUCCUGCCGAAUGACAACCACCGCACGGACAACCUAGCAUGGCUCCCCGGCAGUCAGAGCAGCCUCGGGGGCAGGCACAGGCCCGGGGGAACGUCGGCGGAGGUGGGCUUGCAGCAGGGCCUGCACAAGCCGCCGCCGGCGGGGCUGGACUAUUCCCCACCGAGCGCGCCCAGGUCGGUGCCGGCCCCCACUACGCUCCCCACCGUGUACUCGUCCGCACUCUCCCAGUCCGGGACCCCCGUCUCCCCUGUGCAGUACACGCACCUGCAGCACACGUUCCAGUUUGUCGGGCCCCAGUACAGCGGACCAUAUGCAGGGUUCAUCCCCUCGCAGCUGAUCUCUCCGACCGCCAAUUCAGCAACCGGCGCCGUUGCGGCGGCCACAGCUGUCGCGACCACUCCAUCCCAGCGCUCCCAGCUGGAGGCUUAUUCCACGUUGCUGGCCAGCAUGAGCGGCUUAAGCCAGCAGGGGCACAAAGUCGAGCCGCACCUGGUUAGAACGCCUGGACUGAUCGCUGCAGGGUCUCCUCCACCUGCCCAGCAGAACCAGUACGUCCACAUCUCCAGCUCUCCCCAGAGCGCGGUCAGAAACGUCUCUCCUCCAACCAUCCCGGUCCCCCUGCAUCCCCACCAGACGGUGAUCCCCCACACACUCACCCUUGGCCCCUCCUCCCAGGUUGUGGUGCAGUACAGUGAUGCCUCGCACUUUGUCACAAGGGAUGCCCCCAAGAAGCCCGAGAGCGGCCGGCUGCAGGCCAUGCAGGCCAAGGAGGUGCUGAACGGCGAGAUAGAGAAGAGCCGGAGGUACGGCAUUUCGCCCUCUGCCGACAUGGGUCUGGUCAAAGCAGGCAAUAAACCAGCUCCUCACCAUUACGAGACCAGGCACGUGGUGGUGCACUCGGGCCCUGCCGACUACGGUGCCCGGGAGUCCUCAGGGGUCCGAGCCUCCGUCAUGGUGGUCCCCAACAGCAGCACGCCAACCGCGGACUUGGAGGUGCAGCAGGCCACCAAUCGAGAGAACUCUCCCUCAGCCCUCAACGACAAGGGAAGCUUGCACUUAGGAAAGCCAACCCACCGCUCUUAUGCUUUGUCCCCGCAGCAGGCCCUGGGCCACGAGGGGGUGAAGGCCGUGGCCACGCUGUCCCCCCACACCGUCAUCCAGACGACCCACAGCGCCUCCGAGCAGCUCCCGGUGGGGCUGCCGGCCACAGCCUUCUACGCCGGGACCCAGCCGCCGGUGAUCGGCUACCUGAGCAGCCAGCAGCAAGCGCUGGGGUACCCUGGGGGGCUGCCCCAGCACCUGGUGAUCCCUGGCACGCAGCCUCUGCUCAUACCGGUCGGCAGCGCCGACGUCGAGCCGUCGGGCGUCGCGCCGGCCAUUGUCACCUCGUCUCCCCAGUUCGCAGCAGUGCCUCACACGUUUGUCACCACCGCUGUCCCCAAGAGCGAGGCUUUCAGCGCCGAGCCCCACACCACCCAGCCCGCCUACCAGGCCACCAUGGUGCAGGCGCAGAUCCACCUCCCCGUGGUGCAGUCCAUCGCGUCCCCCGCUGCGGCCCCCCCCACGCUGCCCCCCUACUUCAUGAAGGGGUCAAUCAUCCAGCUGGCCAACGGGGAGCUGAAGAAAGUAGAGGACUUAAAAACAGAAGAUUUCAUACAGAGCGCGGAAAUUAGCAAUGACCUGAAAAUAGACUCCAGCACUGUGGAGAGGAUCGAAGAGAGCCAUAACCCAGGCAUUGCUGUGAUACAGUUUGCGGUUGGAGAGCAUCGAGCACAGGUCAGCGUGGAGGUCUUGGUAGAAUACCCUUUUUUUGUAUUUGGACAAGGCUGGUCAUCCUGCUGCCCCGAGAGAACCAGCCAGCUCUUUGAUUUGCCAUGCUCCAAACUCUCAGUGGGGGACGUCUGCAUAUCGCUUACGCUCAAGAACCUGAAGAACGGCUCUAUUAAAAAGGGCCAGCCCGUGGACUCAGCUAGCAUCUUGCUGAAGCAUUCAAAGAAUGACAGUCUAGCUGGAAGUAGACACAGGUAUGCGGAGCAGGAAAAUGGGAUUAAUCAGGGAAGUGCACAGAUGUUAGCUGAGAAUGGUGAACUGAAGUUUCCGGACAAAAUAGGAUUGCCUGCAGCACCUUUGCUCACCAAAACAGAACCCAGCAAGCCCCCGGCAACAAGGAAGAGAAGGUGGUCAGCCCCCGAAUCGCGGAAACUAGAGAAAUCAGAAGAGGAGCCACCUUUGACUCUUCCCAAGCCUUCUUUUAUUCCUCAGGAGGUUAAGAUUUGCAUUGAAGGUCGAUCCAAUGUAGGAAAGUAAAUGUUGUUUGGGGAAAGGAAAUUAGGCUAUCCCUUGUCAUUUUUAUCCAGAUUACUGUACUGUAGACUAAAUAACCCAGUAUUUACAUGUUAUCAUCUUAUUUUAGGUUUAUGUUAUAACCUUGUUGUUAUAGUUGCAGCUGGUAUUAUGCAGGAGACUGGUGCAUAUGUUUUUCCACAAGUGUUUGUCAGUGACUAGGUUUCCUGAGAGCUACAGAAGGGGCAGUAUCUGCUUCACACACCCUUAGUGGAAAUGAAUGUGUUGUCAUGGCUCCUGUUUUCUAACACCUCGUGUAGGACAGGGUCCAGCUGUGAUUCUGUUGGGGUUUUUUUUGUUGUUGUUUUUUGUUUUGUUUUUUUUUCCCUUGUUUUGGUUCCUGUUCCAGUUUUUUGGGGGGGAGGUGCGGAGAAGGGAACUGUAGCAGAGGCGUGUGUCACGCGUGGUGUGCGUGUCAUGUGUGCUGUGCAUGUGUCACGCGUGGUGUGCGUGCUCAGCCUCAGGCAGCCCUGCAGCAGUGGGGGCUCGUGAGGAGGUUUUUCUCACCCCGGGUGAAUGUGGAGGACACAGCCCCACAGAUGUUACCAAAAAGGAUCAGAUGCUGUCUGACCUUGUCAACAAUAAGCCAACUCUUACUCAAGAUUCAUAGUAUAUAUAUGUACACAUAUAUGUGCAUGUAUAUAUAUAUAUGUAUAUAUAUAUAUUUGUGUGUGUGUGUGUAUCUGUACAUAUAUAUUUCCCCCAUGGGGUCCGACUGCACUGAUUUUUACUCGCGAAGCAACUGCCACACCAACAUUUCCUUCUGCUUGCUCGUGCAGUUCGUUGCCAGAGGCCAUGCACACACACACACACACACACGGGGUGGCUGUUCUGCACCAUUCACCCUGCAGGGCUGCCUGGUGGCAUGGCUGUGUGUGAGUGUGCGCAGGUGUGUGUGGGUGCAGGGAGCCUCAGGCUGGGCGAUGUGCCCGGCUCAGGCUCGCUCCUGUUUCUGUGCAGUGUUAGACGCAUCGGUCAGGUUAUGCCAUGGACAUUUGCUUCCACGAGGGAGAUGCAUACUGCCCCUUUGAGAUCACAGGCACACGUCGUUUGCAGUUAGGUUGCAGAUCUCGGUCUUUAACUCUAUAGUACUGUUUUUUGGUUCAUGAUUAUGGACAACCGGUGCCACUUUUUUCAAGUUUCAGUGUGACACAGGAACCCGAUGUUGAAGAGGAACGUAGAAUGUCUUUAAGCACUUAAAAUGCUGUUCACACUUUAUGGCUGAGCAUCCUGGUCCAACGCUCAGUGCGUACUGUAUCUCACUUUGAUCUGCUCGGAAGGCAGCAGCAGCAAACAAACGAAUCUCUUCAACACUGUAACUACACGCGACUCUGAAAAGUUUUCUCACAGGCAAGGCGCUGAAAGUUUCCAUGUGGUUUCAAAGGGAUGAAUGUGAAUUAUUGAACUAGUAUGUGACAGUCAUUGUCCACAAAGGACUACUUAAUAGGAGGCACUUUUUAAACUUUAAUGCUUGAGAAUGAGUUAAAGGCGUAUGCGAGCUGACAGAUAAUAAACAAAUAAGAGAGAGGAGAAAGGAAAGAGAAAAAAAAAAAUCUUUGUCCAGUGUUUUUGAAAAAGAUGGACUUUAAAGAAUCUUGCAAUUUGCACAUCUUGAGUUUAUCAUUUGUGUGGUAUUCCUGCAGUUUUUACCUAAUAAUGUUGUGGGGUGGGGGGGAGGGUGUCUGAAAGAGCAUAAACAAAUGUAGCAAUGACUCACUAACCUGCCUGGCUCUAGGCCGUUUCAUAGGGUUUCGUUCCUUUCCCAGUCCAUUUUGGUCUCCGCCAUAUCUGCCACACAGAACCAGGUCCUACCGGGACAGCUCUGAGAAUUUGUCUUCAGACUUGCUGAGAGGUUUCCAUGAGAAACAUUUCUAUACGUAAGCAAGGCGUUUGUUUGUUGUUUUUAUAUAUA